GAUAACGACAAAUUAUGAAUAGAGCAAAUUUUAAUUUUGUGUAAUUUCAAUAAAUGACAAUUACUUACAAUUUUGAAAUGUGUUUCAAUAAUAAAGUAUUAAUUGUAGUGCUUUUUAAAGUUAUAUUAAUUGGUUAUAAUGGCUGCAACUAGAACUAAGAGACGUGGUGGUAUAUGGAAUGGAAUACGUUUUCCAUCUAUGAUGUCCAUACACCGUAAUAGUAUCAUGAAGAUGCCACGACCGCCUCCACCUGCACCACCUCAAACAGAAUCCUCUACAAGUACUUUUCCAACAACGGUGAAUAAUAAUAUAAAGCCUCAUUUAGAUGUUGAACAAUGGUUGAAUGCAUUAGAUUUGUAUGAUGAGUAUAAUGAUGUAUUUGCACGGUUUACUGGCGUUGAGGAGUUGUUACAUUAUUCAGAGGCUGAUAUUAAAGAAUUGGGGAUUAAAAAUUCAUCACAUCGUGCACGGAUUGUUUCAAGUUUGUUGGCAUUGAAAAUUAAAUAUGAAAAAAAUUUAAGAAAGCUAAAACAUAAGUCAAUACAAAGGCAUAGCGUUGCUGUGGAUAAGCGUCUUAAUGUGAAGGAUAGUACAGAUGAUCUCUUAAAUUACGUUACGGAAUCCAAUAAUCAGAGUAAAAGUCUGUGUACGUUGAUAAUGGAACCGAUAGCCGAUCCAAAUUUAGAUCCAACAGCACUAAAGAAAGCCUUAGAAUGGGAACUAUCAUUAGAUACACGCGAUUUAUGUUCACACGCAUGGUAUCAUGGAGCAAUACCCCGACCACGAGCCGAAGAAAUUGUUGAACGUGAUGGAGAAUUUUUAGUACGUGAUUGUACGUCACAGCCAGGAAAUUAUGUUUUAAGUUGUCGGCACAAAACACAACCAUUACAUUUUGUUAUAAAUAAGGUAGUGAUUCAACCAGAUACGGUGUACGAACGAAUUCAAUAUCAGUUUGAAGAUGAUGCAUACGACACGGUACCUGAUUUAAUCACAUACUAUGUGGGCUCUGGCAAACCAAUAUCAGUGGCAUCUGGAGCACGAAUACAAUAUCCACGUAAUCGAAUGUAUCCUCUUUCAUUUUAUGCUUCUAAGUAUCCACCACCAUAUCCUCAAAGCCGUUUAGUAUCUCCAGUAAAUACUCCAAUUACACCAAAUCCACUUCGAUAUACAUCUUUUAAUCAAAAUAAUUGCAAUACAUUUAAUAAAUCAUCGUCUCCUCAAAAAAAUGCUCAAGAUAUACGACCUAGACUCCCAGCGAAAAAACAACGAUCACAAUCCUUGACGCCAGCCGAAGCUCAACAAAGAUCUUGCCAGGAAAAAUGUAACAGUGCUGAUGGUGUUAUACAAUCACCAUUAAUGACACGAUCAGCGGGACAAACUGCCGAACAAGUAAACUCAAAAUUUUCCACGCAUUCGUUACCAAGAAAUUCUUGCACAAAAAUAUCUCUUCCAUCAAAUAAUUCCACAACAUUAGGAAAUCGAACCAAUAAUAAACAUAUUUCAAGGGUAACAAGCGAUCCUUCACUGUCACCAUGUGUCGAACGAAAACAUUUAAUUGAAAAUGGUGAUGAAGAACCAAUUUCAAAAUCUCCUCCCCCAAAACCUAGUCGAAUACCGUCACUAAUGCAGCGUAGUGAUUCGAAAGAUUCUACCGAUAUUGACGGUAAAAAUAAUGAUAUGGUCUUCCAUCCACACGGUUCCAUCCAACGAGUUGCGUCAUAUCAUGCAUCUGGUUCAGAUUCUGGAAAUGGAUCUGGAGAUUCAGCGCAAAGCUCAGCAGCUGGGGAUCCUAUUGAAGGUGUACAUAGGAUAUCUGGUGUUAUCAUAAAAAAUCCUAGGUAUAUGUUGUCCAGUUCUGAAUCUUCUACUACACUGAAGAAUUUUAAUUACGCCAAUGCCGAAGAGGCAAUUAUGCAAUUAGAAAUACCUGCAUUAGACACGGUGUCGAAAUUUGAUAUUGAAAAUUUCCACACACUAUUGUUGCCAGCAACGGAAAAUAAACCGUUAGAUGCAACUGCCUUACAAAGUAUUAAAAUAAUGUUAAGAGAAAAUGGGCCUAGAAUAUUAGCAAAUCAUUUAACCAAAAUUGAUUUACAAUUAACUUUAGAUGAUAAUAAUAAUUGUAACCAAUUAUUACAAAUACCUGGUAUUGAGCUUAUUACGCUACCACAUGGGCAUCAACUUCGAAGUGAUAUUAUUGAACGAACUGUUUGUCUAAAAUUAUUAGUUGCUGUGACAAUAUUAACUUGUACAUCAGACUCCGAGCGAGCUGAAAUAUUAAAUAAAUGGAUUGAAGUAGCAAUUGAUACGAAAACCGCAUUAGGAAAUCUGUUUGGAUUUUGUGGAAUUAUGCUCGGUCUAUGUGCGACACAAGUUCAAUCUUUAGAAUCUACAUGGCACAUGUUAAGGCAGAAGUAUACAGAUAGUGCCUUUAACUUUGAAGCAAAACUGAGGCCAACACUAAAAAGUAUGAAUGAAUGCACAAAUCCACAAGCGCCUAACACAACAAUACCUCAUUUACUGCCAAUAGUUUUACUACAAGAGCGUGGUUUGGAUGAUUUUAUUGGUGACGGAGCUGCAAUUAGUGAAAAAAAUCCAUUAACUCAAACAUGUCUAUCACCAUGGGAAACGAAAUCUCCUGAUUUUGGUCUAUCCACAAUGUUUGCACAUUUGGAAGCAUCGCGAAAAUUUAAUGACAAUAUUCCAUUAUAUAAGCGUAAUGCCGAAAUAAUUCUAGGUGAUACAAGUAGAACAGAUGAAUUGAUGUUGGAUGCAUUUCGUACAGAAUUUCAUUUAAAAUUUUUAUGGGGUUCACGAGGUGCACAUGUUGAAUCUGUUGAAAGACAUUUUAAAUUUGAACAAGUAUUAAAAGUGUUAGCUGAUAAAUAUUCAGAAUCUGCACAAAUUGGGACCAGUGUAUAA